AUGGUUGUUACACAGAUGAUGAUAACGUUUCCUAACUUUCAGUAUGGUUUGUUGGCUGGCAUUGGAGGCGGUGUGCCCUCAGAGACAGACAGCGGGAAGCUUCGUCUAGGUGAUGUGGUGGCGAGCAAGCCCAUAUAUCCAUAUCAUGGUGUCGUGCAGUAUGAUCGCGGAAGAGCAGAGCAAGACCGCUUCUCACGGACUGGUACCAUUUCACCCAUUUCACCACCGUCACAGGUGCUUCAAAACUCUGUAAGAGAGCUAGCAUGGCAACGAGAAACAUGGGCAAACGAUCCUGUGUGGAAGGGCGCGCAGAGGCCCCGGAGGAGCUGCCGAAAUUCUCAACGAUUCAAGUUUCCGCGCAUUGAGAAUGACUAUCUUCACCAUCCAGACUAUACUCAUCGGCAGCCAGGGAAAUCCUGCGAUGAUUGCGGAUGCAAUCCAGAGAAGCGAAUCCCGAGACAUGCUGAUGAACGUGAAGAAAGCCUUGUUGUGGUGCACUACGGCAUAAUAGCGUCCGGAGAAAAGGUCAUCAAGAAUGCUGUACUGCGAGAUGUCUUGGCCGAGGAACUUGGAGCUUCAGUAGCUGGCGCGCUUUUCCAGUUCUCUUUCCCAGUCAUUCGGGGUAUUUCAGAUCACUGCGAUUCAAACAGAGGACAACCGGUGGCAAGGCUAUGCCGCUGGGGAGGCGGCCGCCUAUACGAGGCAGCUAUUCUUUUAGAUGCCCAAGGGGGAGAUGCGGGAACUGGCAAGGCCAAACCGCCCCGAUGGCCAAAGGCGAGGAUCAACUCUCAGGCCUUGUACCAUAAGGCAAUUACUACGAUGAGGCGCGUGGGUCGAUGCCGGACGAGGCUCAAAGGCAAGAAGGCAAGAUUUUGUCUGGACGCUCUCUAUUCUGCGGUGAUUGUGGCCACUAUUAGGAUAAUUGCCCUCGAAGAAGGGUUUAAGGGACCAAGCCAGGAUCUUGAGGCUCACGCGCCUGUUGAUCUUCGGCCUCGGUUUUGCAACUACAGCCUCCAACUGCACACAGCCCCGCCAGACUCUUCUUCGCAAUAA